AUGUCUGCCCCUGAAGUGACCGCCCCCGCCGUGACCGAGCCCGUUGUUGCUCCGGCUGCUACUGAAACCACGCCUGCUGCCGAGACCCCGGCCUCAGUGGCAACCCCAGCUGCCGCCACUGUCAAUCAGCCCACCGCUGAGGCUGAAGCAGCUGCACCAGCCGCUACCGAAUCAACCUCGCCGGACGAAUCUCAGACCCCUGAGGCCAAGUCUGAAGAGAAGAAGGAGAAGAAACAGGGCCGAAAACCAUUUGCCGACCUGCUCAACAAAAUUCUCAAACCUCACCCACAAGACAAGUCAAUGCCUGAGAAGAAGGGCGAAGCCGAGGCCCCUGCAGCUGUCGAAGAGGCCGCGCCCGAGGCCGCCGUCCCAGUCGUUGAGGCUUCCCCCGUAGAGCCUGAGAAUGCUGCUGACGCACCAGAAGCUGCUGUUGCGACCGAAGCUGCUGUUACCGCCGAUGUCCCUGCAGAGGCUGCUCCGGCCGAGGACGCUGCCAAGGAAAUCACUACUCCUCGCAAAGAACGCGGCAACAUCUUUGAAAAGUUCACCGCAUUCGUCCUCAAGCCCAAGAGCCCGAAAUGCAAGAAAUUGGAGGCACCUAAGGAAGACGGUGAAGAAGCCAAAGCUGAGGCGCCUGCAGCUGAGGUCAACGCCACUGCUCAGCCUGCCGAGGACGCUGCUCCUAGCCCUCCUGAAAUUGCGGCUCCCCAGAUCACCGAGACCCCUGUCGUCGAAACCGCUGCUGCUACCGAAACACCUGCCGAAGAGACCAAGGUGGAGAAGAAAGAAAAGACCCCUAAGGAUCUUGCCAAGCUUGCCCGACGGUUCAGUGGGCGAUUGUUUGGUGCAGAGAAGAAAAAGGAGACCGCCAAGAAGCCCGAGCCCACUCAGGAGGAAGCUGAAGCAGCCGUUCAAGCUGAAGGCCCCGCCGACGCUAUCGUAGCUUCGGACGCUGCUCCUCAACUCCCCGCCGAAACAAGCCCUGAGGUGACCCAAGCUCCUGCUGAGCCGGCUCCUGUGAUUGCGGCUGCCGCAUGA